AUGGCUGACGGCACUCUAUCUUACACUAUCGGGCCCCUGGAGCACACGCCCCUCGAUGAGAUCGAUGCUAAAGUUGAUCUCGUGAGGAAGACUUUCAGAUCUGGACGCACCAAAGAAAUCGAGUUCCGUCUCCGUCAGAUUCGCAAGCUCUACUGGGCCAUCGUCGACAACACUGAGCUCAUGCAAGAUGCUCUCCUCAAGGAUCUUGGCAAGUGCAAGUACGAGGCUGUUCUGGCCGAGAUUGAUUGGUGUAAGCAAGAAUGUAUCGACAUGACCAACAACAUGGAGAACUGGCUGCGCGACGAGCCUGUUCCCAAUGUUCCGCUUCAGUUCCGUCUCAUGAAGCAUCGCACCCGCUUCGAACCACUUGGUGUCAUUCUCAACAUCGGAGCCUUCAACUUUCCCUUCCAGCUCACUCUUCCUGUAGUUGUUGGUGCCAUCGCUUGCGGUAACUGUGUUGUUCUCAAGCCAUCUGAGUCGUCUCCAAACUGUGCCAUGGUGCUCAAGAAGAUCUUCGAUGAGUCUCUUGACCCCGAGUGCUUCACCUACGUCAACGGUGCUCUGUCCGAGACCCAGCGUUUACUCGAACAAAAGUUUGACAAGAUUUGCUUCACUGGUGGCAAGGUUGUUGGUAAGAUCAUCGCCAAGAAGGCGGCUGAGACCUUGACUCCUGUGCUUCUUGAACUUGGUGGCCAGAACCCGGCCUUUGUCACCAAGAAUGCCAACCUCAAGCUGGCCGCUCGACGACUACUCUGGCAAAAGACAUUGAACGCAGGCCAGGUUUGCAUGUCACACAACUACAUCCUUGUUGAGCGGAGCGUCCUCUCUCCAUUCCUUGGGGAGCUCAACAAUCAGUUGCGUACCUUCUUCCCCAAGGGCGCCAAGAACAGUACCGAUCUCGCCCGUAUUGUCAACGCAAGCCAAUUUAACCGUCUCAAGAAGAUGCUAGAUGGGAGCAAGGGAAAGAUCGUUCUUGGAGGAUCCAUGGAUGAGUCUACCUUGUUCAUGGAGCCAACAGCGGUCCUUGUUGAUGAUGUUGAGGACAGCAUGAUGGUCGACGAAGCGUUCGGUCCCAUCUUUGCAAUCAUGGCUAUCGAUUCCCUUGACCAGGCUAUCGACAUUGCCAACUCGGUUGACCCAACACCACUUUCACUCAGCACCUUUGGAAGCAAGGCUGAAAACCAGAAGGUUCUGGAUAAUGUUACCUCAGGUGGUGCCACAUGCAACGACGCCUUCUUCCACUCUCAAAUUCCCCAGUCUCCACUGGGAGGUGUAGGCCAAUCUGGAAUGGGCAACUAUCACGGCAUCUACUCUAUCAGGGCCUUCAGUCACCAGCGUACCAUCGCUGAAGUCCCCUACUGGGCUGAUGCCCUGUUCCGCGUACGCUACAUGCCGUACCAAUGGCCAAACAUGAAUCGUCUCAAAUCUAUUGCCCAACCAAAGCCCAAUUUUGACCGUAACGGCAACAAGACCAAGGGUUUCGGGUACUUCCUGGCUCUGGUCUUCGGCCUCGGAUCUAAGAAGUCUAAGGGUGCUCUUCUCAGGUGGGCAUUCCUUGUGGUUGCUGCUGCUAUUCUGGAAGCGAAGAAAGGUGUUAUAAGCCAGUUGCUCACACAAUGA